UUGCAUCCAAUAUGAGCCCAAUCACCGCGAGUGUGCUAACAUGUCCAAACACAGUUCAAACUUGAAAGAAAACGGGACCCGACUGCAUUUGCUUGAUUCACCAUUUUUCAUGGGGCAUGCUGGACUCUGUCGUUUGACGCUAGCAAUUUAUUUGGUUUUUCAAUGCUUGGUCUGCCCCACUUACGCUGCCCGGAAAGGUGAAAAGCCACGUAUUGUUCGGGCUCCCAGUUCGAUCGCUACGAUUGCCGGUCAAUCUGCGCUGUUUGUUUGCCUUGUCGAGGGAAAUCCAGCACCUAAAGUACAAUGGAAGGUUUCCGGUACGGCUGUAUCCGAAGAACACUUUGGCAAAACUGCUCGGGCACCUCGUGGUUCAGUUCUCCGGGUCACAAACACGCUCCCAAACUACAACGGAGCAGUAAUAACCUGUACAGCGACGAACGCUCUUGGGCGAGCCGAAGAAAGCGCAACGCUGACAGUGUACGCUGACGAAUCUGCCGCACCUGCUGGAUAUCCUCAAUUUCUCAAUUCCUUCUCCGUGAUCGUCGCCAAAAAGAAUGCUGGUGCCGAGCUGGAAUGUCGCGCUACUGGAGACCCCCAGCCGGAAAUCAGUUGGUUUAAGAAUAGCGUUCCGGUGGAUAUGGGUAAUCCUCGGUUUACCCAACUGCCCGCACCUGCUGGAUAUCCUCAAUUUCUCAAUUCCUUCUCCGUGAUCGUCGCCAAAAAGAAUGCUGGUGCCGAGCUGGAAUGUCGCGCUACUGGAGACCCCCAGCCGGAAAUCAGUUGGUUUAAGAAUAGCGUUCCGGUGGAUAUGGGUAAUCCUCGGUUUACCCAACUGCCUGAAGGAAAUCUGAAAAUUUCAAACUUGAUCGAAGACGACGAAGGUAAAUAUGAAUGCGCAGCUACCAAUGACAAAGGGACACGACUAUCGUCAGGCGACAAUCUCCUUGUCAGAGAAAACGUUGAGACGAGUUUGCAACUGAUUGCUCCCAGCACUAAACGUUUCCGGCCGCACUUCACCAAUCGGCCUCCGGCUCGUCAAAUUGUUUCCCCUGGUGGGCGACUUUCGCUUACCUGCACCGCGGUAGGGGCCCCAGUGCCCACGGUCGAUUGGUACAGGGGAACGCGGAAGAUGCAGCGUGAACAGUUGGAUAAACAACCACCCGGAACAGCGAAGAUUCUAUUGCUGGACCUCUCGGAAUCGGUAAACGUAACUUGUGUUGCUGAGUCCACAAUGGGGCGGAUUUAUCACGAUGUGCAAGUUUUGGUUAAAACCCUACCACCUCCUCCAGGCAAGCCCGAUUUGCUGGAAGUUGGCCCAACCUCAGCCCGGCUGGCUUUCAGGCCAAGUAUCGGUACAUCAUCGUCUCCCAUUGUCCAUUACCUAUUUUUCUGGCUUCUCACGAAGGAUUUCGAUAAUCGAACCUUACACAGCAUGCCCGUCGAUAUGUCAUCGCUGGCUCAGUCGUUAUCCGUGCAUGGUGACCCAACAGCGACUGGACAAGAACAGCUGUUGACAGAUGACCUUCCACCGGUCAGACAAUCUGUGCAUCCACCCUCCGACAUAUUCUGGAACAGCGACACUGCUUCCAGCAACCAACAAUGGUUGUUUUUCUUGAUCU